ACGAGAGAACGAAACUCGGAGGAGGCGAGGGCGGGGCAGAGGCCGGCUCUCUCUCGCAGAGCGGGUUAGGGUCGCCCAUAACCGGGCCGAAGGGGCCCAAAGCCCGUCGAGGAUGCUGACCGGCAUCUAUAAGGAACUCUGCGCCUCGGGCGGCUCCUUAAGCGAGGACGAGCUGAGCCGCCGCCUUGGCCCUGGCAGCAGACCCGGCCACUUGGCCCAGCUCCUCCGGGACGGCUCCAAGUUCACGCUGGUGACCCGGGAGGAGCCUCCUUCCUCGGCGGCGUCGGGUGGGGAGUCCCGGACGGUCGUGGCCACCACCGGCGCCCGGCUCUGCGCCCAGCACGGCAGCGGGAAGUGCCCGGGAGACUGCCGGCAGCUCCACCUUUGCCGCUUCUUCGUCUACGGAGCCUGCCGACACGAAGGCACCAGGAAACAGUGCAAGUUCAUCCAUGACUUUUAUUCACCCCAUAACUUCGCAGUCCUAAAAGAGCAUGAGCUGGAAAAGUUAAGCUCUGAUGAGUUACGUCAGCUGCUGCUCCAGAAUGAUCCUUCCCUGUUGCCUGAGAUAUGUGCAUAUUAUAAUAAAGGGGAUGGUCCCUAUGGAUCUUGUAAUUUUAAGAAGAUCUGUGUCAAACUCCAUAUAUGUCAGUACUACCUCCAUGGAGAUUGCAGAUUCGGAAGCAACUGCAGGCGGUCACAUGAUGUUUUCAAUCCAGACUGUUAUGAGAAGCUGGAAAAGUGGGGAAUAACCCGAGCUCUAAUUGGUCGAAUUCCCAUGAUCUACAGAAAUGCAUAUGACAUCAAAAAUAGCACACCAUCGCCUUGCAAAGAAAGAAGAGAGAGCAGUUCACAGGCUCCAUCAACCACAAAUAGCGUUGAUGAAUCAGAUAUGAUUUGCUUAUAUUACAUUAGGAAAAGUUGUAGCUUUCAAGAUAAAUGUAUUCGAGUUCAUUUCCACUUGCCAUAUAGAUGGCAAACUUUGGAUGGAGCCCACUGGAAAGAUCUGCCCAACAUGGAGAAGAUUGAGCAAGACUACUGUGACCCAUUUCAUGAAAGAAUGGUCUAUAAUGGCGCUGGAAUUGACUCCAAGAUUCUAGUCAUUGAUUUCUCCAAUAUGACGUGUAACAGUGCCAAACUUAGACGCCUCUCUACAGCAUCCUCUGUGACUAAAGCCCCACAUUAUAUUCUCACAACUGAUUGGAUCUGGUAUUGGAAAGAUGAGUGUGACGUCUGGAAUGAAUAUGGAGUACAGGAUCUCGACCAUGCUGCUGCAACACUGACCAGUUUUGACUUGGAGAAGGCCUAUCAGUCCGAAGCAUCACCAACACUCAAGUUUUCAGCUGGGAAACAUACGUAUGAGCUUGAUUUCAGAGUUAUGAAACAGAAAAAUCUGCGUUAUCUUACGGAACGAAGUAUUCGUAGGCGACCAAAGUUCAUAUCUUCAAAAGAAGUAGAAGAGAAGAAAAAAACUGGUGGAGCUGCAAAGUUGAAAGGAGGCACAGCAUUAAUUCCAGCACACUGGGAUCAAUCAGCCUUGCCAGAAUUGGGAUAUACGAUGGUUACCCUUCCAUCAUCCUCCAAUGAAUAUAGAAAGGUUCAAGUCAACUUUCAGCGCACAAUGUCCAAAGCAACAAUUGUGAAGAUUGAGAGAAUCCAGAACCGGGCUCUUUGGGAAGUAUAUCAGUGGCAAAAGGAACAAAUGAAAAAGGCAAACGGUGGAAAGGAUGUAGAUGAAAGGCAGUUGUUUCAUGGGACAAAUGGGAGCCAUGUCGAUGCUAUCUGCCAGCAGAACUUUGACUGGAGGAUCUGUGGCGUUCACGGAACAGCAUAUGGCAAAGGAAGUUACUUUGCCAGGGAUGCUUCAUAUUCUGACAGAUACAGCGAUUCUACCAAUAAAAUCAUGUUUUUGGCCAGAGUUUUGGUGGGAGAGUUUGCCAUGGGCAUGUCGUCUUAUCUUCGCCCUCCUCCAAAAGAGGACCAGAGCACUGGAUUCUAUAACAGUUGUGUGAAUGAUCUCAGGAAUCCAUCCAUCUUUGUCAUUUUUGAGAAGCACCAGAUUUACCCUGAAUAUGUAAUCCGAUACAGAAAUUAGAUCAGUCUUGGUUACCAAGUACAUACUGUUGCUUAUCUUUCUCAGCCUUAUGAGAUACUUUCUGGAAGACUAGAUAAGGAAAAAUCUGUUUAUGUUAGGGCUGCAAUAGUUCACAGAUUGAUUUAAAAAAUAUUUUGAUUCAUAUGUACUGUGUUGAAUUGGGCAGAAUGCAGAUAUUUUUAAAACUACCCUUGUUUUUAAAUCCAAGAAUUUACCAAAUCUGUGGGUACUAUAAUACCUUCUUAGAAGAAGCAUAGUUCUUUUCUCACAGGAGUAGAUGACUUUUCUGAGAUGGUACCUGCUGUGAUAAUACUCCUGUCAUCUUGAAGUCUAAGUGAACACUGUUUUCUUCACAAUUGCUGUAUUCAGAAGUUGCUGUUAUUUAAUUGAUUGUGGCAACAUUGUUGAUCAAUUUGCCUUUGAAAAGCCCCCACGCGCAUUUCAUAAAUUUCCAAAAUGUUGAGAUGGCUUUGCUGUAAAUUAUUUCAGGUUGGUUCUUAUAAAAAAAGCAAAACAAAACUCUGCGACAUAGAAGACCACAGGUGCAAUAUUAUCCUGUGGUUUAGUCUGAAAGUUGAAUCUUGAAGCCUGGUAUGAGGGGUGUAUAUGAGGCCAAAUUUUAAUUUCAUGCCUAAGAGAGGUGUACACAGUGUGAUUGAAUCAGUAGUAAUUCCAGGUCUUUAGGGAAUUGCUGCUUUCGUUUAGCUCAGUGGUUCUCAACCUGUGACUCCCCAGGUGUUUUGACCUACAACUCCAGAAAUCCCAGGUAGUUUACCAGCUUUUAGGAUUCUAGGAGUUGAAGGCCAAAACACCUGGGGACCCACAGGUAGAGAACCACUGUUUUAGUACUUUUAUGGUUUUCUGACCAAUAAUUUAACUUCUGACUGUUCUAGUUCCUUCCUCUGUGGCACAAAAUCUCUAAAGCUCAUUUGCUCCUUAUGGGUUUACCUCAAUGCCUUCAGGCGUUAUUAACAGGGUAUAUGUUAAUAUUUUGGAUUUAGGAAGUCAAAUCCAUGCUGGAAACACUUAAAACUUUCAGUAUCUGUGUACAUAUACUCUGAAAAUAAAAGUGUAUUGCCCUGAAUGUCUUGGAUAAGUGUUACACAGUCAUGUCUUGAUGGGUGUAAAGUUGGAUCCCUGGGUGACGUUUAUAACUAAAAGCUUUUGAGAAGUCUACCUGAUCCAAUAGCUUGCUAUCAUUAAGAAUAUUUUAAAAUAUUUACCUGAUGAUGCAGUAAGUGUAUUUUCACUUGGUCCUGUACUGUACUCAAACGUUUCUGUGGACUUCUGUAACCAAAACCCUUGCUAGCUAUUGCUGUAAACUCUUUUAGAGUUGUCAAACUACUUUGCUGGUCUAGUUGAUCUAUUUCUCAUAAUGUAUCUUGCUUUCCAACUAAAUACAAAUUAAAACAUAGACAUUACAAAGC